GUUUAGAACAGAAGCUGAAUAUAUGUGUUAAACAUUGUCGCCAUGUUUAGCUACCAACCAACAUACACUAUUACAGUCCGUAUGAAAAAUUUAAAGAAGUUCAAUUAACUAUUAAAACUUGAAAAUCAUCAUGGAUUGAUAUUUGUAAGGAAUUAGGAGUUAUUAGUGAAUUAUUGUGUUUUUCGUUAAUUCAGAUAAAAUGAUCGUCAAUUUAUGGAUGACUAUGUGAACAAAGAUUUGGCUGGAAAAAAUGGCUACCGGUUACCUAACAUGUAUAUGUUGUUGUGUUCUGAUAUUCUCAAAAGCUAAAGCAGAGAACUAUACAGGUUGUGGAGGCUACUUUAAUGGCAGGGAAACAAGUACCUGGAAUCAAGAACUUUCAGGAAAUAUCACAUCGCCUGGUUACCCUAGCAACUAUGCCAGUCGAUCACACUGUGUCUGGAUGUGGGAGGCUGAAAGGGAUUACCAUGUCAACUUAACAAUACAUACAAUCUCCAUGGCAACCGUUGGUGAUACGGGUGGGACAUGUAACGAUUAUGUAGAGGUUAGAAAUGGAUCAUCGACUUCCACACUGCUAUAUCAUUCGUGCAAUAAUCAAAAUUCUUCUGAAUAUCUAAUAUCGUCUAACGAUAAAUACCUGUGGAUGAAAUUCUAUAGCUCAAGCGCAAGCCCAGGGGGUGCUGGAUUUAGAGCUUCCUGGGAGAUGUAUCCCCGGACUACUUUAUCUAUACUUUUGCUACCAAGGCCUUACAAAGAUUGUCCCUCUUUUCGCUGGGGUUGUGCUAAUAAAGAGUGUGUGCCAGUCUCUUACAUUUGUGAUGGCUACAAUGACUGCGGUUGUGGACAAAGUCAUUGUGAUGAGGUUGAUUGUAACAUCCCAUUUCCUUUAACUACUGGGGCAGGGUUUGGAAUCGGAAUAGGAUCAGGAGCAUUUAUAUUCCUCGUCAUAUUCAUUGCUGCAUCACUUUGGGAAUAUCGUGUGUGCUGUCCUAAAAAGGAGGUUGUUAUUGUUGAAAAACCAAAAGUUGGUUUCAUGGAUAUGUUCCCUAUGGGAGUUGGGGCAGGUGGAGGUACAGGGAAUUUUCUGGAAAAGAUACGAGCACAGGUUGCUCUCGAAGAAGCCCAAGAAGAGGCCGAAGCUGAGGAAGCUGCUGGAAAUGCCAAGCCUGCUCUGGAGGCACUUGGCAAGGCUGGUAUAACAAUAAUCUCUGAGCCAACGGAAGACUCCCUCCUCAGUGAGAAAAAUAGUGUGAGAAAAGACUCCAAAGAUUUAACUAAAUCAGACAAAAAUACAGACUCUAAAAACACAAAUAACAAAGAAGAUUCUCAGAAAAAUUUGGAUCCCAAAUCAGAGACUAAUGAUUCAUCAAAACCUGACACUCUUCACAAAUCUCCAUCUAAGUUAAAAUUAGUAGAAAACAAAGUUGAACCGAUACAAGGUGAUUCAAAGAAAAAAACCAAAGAUACACCAUUGGAUAAAAACAAGACUAAAGGCAAUACUGAUAAGAAUGCCAAGGGUUCUACUGGUAACACUGAUUCCAAAGCAGAUGCUGCAAGGCAACAGACAUCUAAAGUGCUGUUAACACCAAUUAACAAUGCACCCGCUGUCAUAGAAACAUCUGAUUGUGAUACUGAGGAAUUUGAGCUUCCAAAGGAAAAGGAAACUCCAGUUCAAGCCAAAUCUAAAAGUAUUAAACCUGAGAAGGACUUAAAGGUUGCCCCUGAAAAAGACUCUGAAUUGAAUAGAAAUGGCUCAUUUAGCUCCAUGGGAUCAGAUAAGAAUAAAUCUCGAUCACCUUCUCCCCCUAAAGCAGUUUGGUCAACACAAGAAAAGAACAGACCAGGACAUUUGCCAAGUAGAAACAGUGCCAAAUCUUUGGUUGAUACAGCAGCAGUAUCAGAAGAGAGUCCUGAACAAACUCCACCUUCUAACAGUACAUUAGCCCCCAGCCCUAAAGUUACAACUAACACUGGACACAAAUAACCAUCUGAACCUUUGUGAGAAAAAAUGUCAUUUUCAUAUGAUCCAUCAUUGUACAUUAUGAUUAUUAUGCAUUGGGAAAACAGUUAUUAAAGUUGAUCCUUUGGUAUAAAAUACAUUCCAGUAUAAUGCUUAUUGGUAUAUAAAUGUACUCAUUCUUAUCACCAUUUGAUAAAGGGAUGAAUAUCAAAUUUGGUGACCAAAUGAAUAGCUUUGGGUCAUGUCAGGAAAGUUAAGGAAUGGAUGUUUGGAUAUCUCUACAUUCUACAGAAAAAUAAAUGAAUUCAGAUAUGUUCCAAUUCUAGUGCAUGUUAUACAACUUCUCUAUACUUAUAAAAUCUCCCCCUUUAAUAAACUUUUGAAUUGAUAUUUCAAUAAUUAAAGGAUGAUCCUAUGAUUUUGAGGA